AUGUCUGGAAUUGGUAGAUCCGUGAAAGGUCGCGGUGGUGGUGGUGGUGCGAGUCGCGGUGGUGGUCGUGGUGCCACUCGUGGUGGGAGUCAAGAUGGUGGCGUUUGUAGCUCUUCCGGAAGAAUUUACUUCGCCUCGAACCCUAGCACUUCUAAUUCAAGAAACUCGGUGUCUGCCCCGGAGAAUUCACCGCCUUCAGAGACUCUGCGUCAGUCCCCCCCCGUGUAUGCUUCUUCACCGACUCGUGAUGGUUCUUCUUCCCCGACGGAACAGCACCCGCAUCAAACUCAAAACCCACUUUUCCUCCCCCUCAAAAUCCGAUGA